AUGUUGAUUACGCCCAAUUGGUUUGUUUUGAUCAAACCUUCUUUACGAAAAUUUAAUUCAAAAAAAUUUUCCGAACAAAUUUCCCGAUGUACAGUGUGGGAUCGAGUCCCAAUUAUUAAUAAAACACCAUUUUACACAUGUUAUCAAUUCCAAAAACAAAACAUUCACGAGUCACGCAUAAAACACUUUUCAACAGCGUCUCAUUCUGAAUUACAGACCGGAAAUUCAACUUGUGAAAAUACAAGCAUAGAGAAUGCUAUGGGGACAAUUAAGAAUAAUCCUGUAAAGUCAACUCGGCUUAAUAAUCCACACGCAGGGGUUGUCAAACCGUCAAAGAAGUCCAAGGUUAAAAAGGUUCCCAUCACCGUCGAGAAAGUUGAAUCCCAUUCCAAGGGUAAAGGGGCUCCUACCACUGUUGAGAAAGAAGAAUCCCAUUCUCAAGUUGCAAAUCAGAAAUUGGCAAAACUUAAGGAUGCAAAAGUGACAUUUAAACGCGCAUACUUCGGCUUCAAAUCAGUGAUUGAAGCAGAUGACGAAAAGCUCGUGUGGUCAGCGUACAACGACUGGAAGGAAAGUCGCAAAAUAAUUUACAGUAGAUUGAUUGAUUAUUAUGUUGAUCUUGGACUCUUGGAUAAAGCGUUUAGUGUUCUUAAUGAUUUUAUGCCAAACAAACUGAUGCCUGAUAAGUCGAGUAUUUCGGAUCUUUUUCAAGAGAGCAUUUCGCUAGGUUUAAUUCCGGGUUACGUAACUUGUAAAAAUGUGAUGUAUAAAUCAUCCGAUUUACAAGAAACCAUGAAAUUGUAUAAAAUAUUCAAACGUGGUGGUGUGACAUUCAAGAGGAAUGUAUAUGACAUGAUGAUCCAAAAAACUAGAAGGGAGAGGAAUCCACAAUUACUUGACACAUUUUAUCGGGAUAUGGUUCAACUUUGCUCUGAAGAAUUAGAUCAAGUUG